GGGGGGCGGAGCUUAAGAUCAGCAGUCGGAAAAGUCCAUUUGGAAAACACGCGAGAGGUCUUGACGACGGCUUCACAGCUGAACUGGAGGAGGGGCUCAAACUCGUUUUUGUCACAGUUUCCGGUUUCCUUCAGGGGGCCGUUGUGAUUGUGAAAGCUUCAAAUUGUGUUUGCGCGUGAAAUGUACAACCCAGUCGAAUGAGAAAUGACGGACGGCCAAAGGGUUUUUCGACUGUUGUUCCCGCUUGGUCUACAAAGCGCAACGUUAUGGCAAAUCAAAACACGAGCACGGAUUUGAAGAAGAGUGACGGAAGUGGAGAUGAAAUGAUGUGGCCCCCGGGCCUCGGGUUUGACACCGGCGCUCCGACCCCCCCCCCUCAAACGGAAACGAUUCUUUUCCGAAUCCUUUUUGGGAGCGGCUCUGCCCCCGCCGCCCAUUGGCACAGGGAGCAGGAGGGCCGCCCCCCUCCCCCGGCACUCGAGGAUGACGAGCUCCCCUCCCGGCGGCGGGCGGCACUCGGCGCCUCUCAGCGAGCGAGCCGAUGGACGAGUGCGCCCGCGCCCUGGAGCUGUUGGGCAUGCUGCUGUACGCCGGCGCCUGGCUGUGCGUCCUGGGGGCGGCCGUGUCCCCGCGCUGGCUCAGCAUGUCCACGUCGCUGCUGCCCGUGGAGAGCUACGAGCUGGGCCUGUGGGAGACGUGCGUGGUCCAGGAGACGGGCGGGAUGGAGUGCCGGGCCUACGAUGGCCUCCUGGGCCUCUCCCCGGACCUCAAGCUGGGUCGCGUGCUCACCUGCGCCUCCCUGGCCUUGGGCGCCCUGGGCUUCCUGGUGGCCAUCCCGGGGCUGUCGCUGGUCAACGGCUGCGAGGAGGACGGCGCCAAGAGGACGUUGGGCACGGCGGGCGGGGUGCUGGGGAUGCUCUCCGGGGUUCUCUGUUUGAUCCCCGUCUCCUACGUGGCCCACCUGACGGUGGUGCGCUUCUUCGACGACACGCUGCCCGACGUGGUGCCGCGCUGGGAGUUCGGCGACUCCCUCUUCUGCGGGUGGGCGGGGGGCUUCCUCCUGGUGGUGGCGGGCCUCCUCCUGGUGCUCGGGUCGCGCUCGGCCGCCCGGGCGUCGCCCCUCCCGGCCGGCCCGCAGAGGAGGUACCAGGUGAUGAACACGGUGCUGGCCCGGGCCGAGUACGUAUGAACCAGGACCGCCGGGGGGGGGGACGUCAGAACCAAGCAAACGGGCGCUCGUUUUCGCUUUAGAAACGUACGCAGAUGUGCAAAAUUGAUUAAAAAAAACAACAAAAAAAAGGCUGCUGUCGAAAAUUCAUAUUUGCUAUAAAAUGCUUGCUCCUGUAUCAUUGAGAUGUUUUGAGCUAAAAAAAUAUAUAUAUAUAUUGCGACGUAGUUUAUGUGCUAUAUGAUCAUAAAAAAAUCAUGUGCAUUUUUUAAAUGAGAAUUAUUCUUUAUGUAGUGUAAUUAGAGGAACCUUUUUGUUUGUUUUGGCAGAAAACACCCAAACUAAAUUUUGAUUUGUUAAAAAAAAAAUGUGUAUCGUCGUGUAAUUUGUUUGAUGUUUUGAAUGAUGGAAAAUAAUCCGGCCGAUGGUCUUUGGUUCUGGAUCAGUUCUGGUGUCAUAUAGAAUCAUAUCGCACAGAUGUCAUACGUGGUAUAUUCAUAUUUUGUAGUCCUGGGUCGGUGGAACGGUUUCAAGGCGUCACUCGAGCUGAAAUGUUUUGAUCGUAAAGCGACCAAUAAAACUGGAUGUUGUACUCGUUUGUUUACUUGUUUGUUAUAUGCAGAAUGAUAAUAAAUAAUCAUAUCAUAGAGAUGAUGUGUGUCAGUCAUUUAAGCGUUUAGUCCUGUAUCGAUGGGAUGUUUUCUUGGGGGCGCUCAUGCCAAAACUGUAUGUUGUACUAUGUUAAUGUGCACAAUUAUCAUAAAAAAAAAACCCCGAUGACCGUUGAUAAGUA